CAGAGUUUCUCCACCUAUUUACACUCAUCUUUUCCCAAAACAAAAAAAAAUUCCACAAUACAUACAUAAUUAAACCUAAAAGCCCUAUAUAUAUAUAUAUAUCCCCACAUUCAACAAAUUCACCAUCUUCUUCAAUUGAUUAUCAUAUUAUUUAGUACUACAAGAAUGUCUGGCGUUUGGGUUUUCAAGAACGGAGUGGUUCGACUGGUGGAGAAUGCCGGAGAGUGCCACAGCAAGAAGAUGCUAAUACAUGUGGCCUCAAAUGAGGUGAUGGCAUCAUAUGCGGUGUUGGAGAGGAAAUUGUUGCAGCUUGGAUGGGAAAGGUACUAUGAUGAUCCUGAUCUGCUCCAAUAUCACAAGAGAUCAACAGUCCACCUCAUCUCCCUCCCCAAAGAUUUCAACAAGUUCAAAUCCAUGCACAUGUACGACAUCGUUGUCAAGAAUCGAAAUGAGUUUGAAGUUAGAGAUCUUUAGUUGAUCAACUAAGUUUAAUUUCUAGUGUUUGUUUUUGUGCCGUGUGUUUGAUCGUCUUUUUAUUUUGGUGUGAAAAAAUGGAUGCAAAUUUGGUAUUGUAUUAUAUGAUCUUCUUGAUUUGGGGUUAUGUGUUGUAAGAGAAAUGGAAUAAAGGGUUUGGAGAUUGUAGGAAUUUAAAGUAGUGUACUUACAAGAUUAUCUAGUUUGGAA